GGGUAUCAUGAGUCGAGCGUUUUCCGCAUUAAAUUGAAGAAUGAAACGAAAGAAGAUUGAAGUAGUAAACAUCACGAAUUGAAGGAUCAUCAAUCAUAGACCGAACCCAUUAUAGAGGUCGAUGGAAAUAUGAAAGACGAUGGGUUUCUGGACACCCUGUGCGGCAGUGUGGCGGCGUAUGGGGCCAACGCGGCACCACCACCAGCAUGGACAUGGUGUGCGCAUGAGUUAUCCCGGUUCGAAGGACGCUGAGUGACCCUGCCCCCGCGCAAAACGACUCGUCCAUAGGAGAUCACGACAGCACACCAAGUGGGUUUUUAUGCCCAGCUGUAGAAGAUGAAAUGCAGCGCCCAAAGUCAACACAUACUGCGACAUUCGACGCUGCUGAAGUGCGAACAAAAGAAGUCACCGGGAGCAGCUGCCCAGUAAGACGUGGCAAAAAAGGAACUUCUACUUCACGAAGUAGCAGAAGAAGUGGCUUCUGCGACCACCACGACGCUCUCGUCGUAGGUCUAGCAGCACCGCAUCAGCGACGAAGAAACAAUUGGAUAUUGCGGGGCACCGAAGCAUCUUCAUCGCUCGGCGCACCCUCAAGAAAGAAGCUCGUGUCGUGCCGCAAAAAGUCCUCGUGGUGUACUACGAUACUGAGAACUACAAACAGACUACACGGCCAGCACACGGGAUAUUUUUUCACACCCUCGCGGUCCUCCUGCUCAUCAAGUUCCCGCCUAGAUUUGCUUUUUUCGACCGUGCUCCUCUUCGCAGUUCUUGUGAUGCUGCUGUUCAUCGACGAUCGGCCCGUGGUGCUCGCGCUGCAGCAGACCUACGGGCAGCGAAAAAAGCGGGGAAACCUGCGCGGGGCCUAUCGGUAUCUGGACGAUCAGGUAAAUAGCAAGAGGGCGACCGAAAACUCGGUCGUUGGCAGCAGUGUACCGCCAGGGGAUGAGCAGACAGGAAGUAAUAAAAAUGCUCAGGAUGAUCUUUCAUCUUCCGGCUCUGCCACAACAGCCGCUGACCCUCCGGACAAGGAAAUAUUAAGUGACAAGUUGUUGGAGCUGCAGGCGUCGGGCGAGUCCGACCACGUUGAAGAAGAAUUGCAGCAGUUCGAAACCGCCAACCAAGCCACAAGUAGUGGUGUGGGCGAAAACACGAGGCCGUCGUCAUUCGCGAGUUUGCGAGAGAAGCGACUACUUCCAGGCGAAAGAGCAGCGCUAUCAACAACUGAAGUAGAGAGUCCCCGCGUAUUCAGCGGAGGGAGCGCGUCGUCAAGUAGCAGCAGCAGAAAGUUGAAUCAGCUCCGGAACCAGAUUGCUGCGGACCAACUUGACGAAUUGUCUUCAACUGCAGCCUCCUCCGGAACCAGCUCCGCGGGCGAUCCACGACAUGCAUCUAGUUCUGGCACAGGAGAGGAUGCAGAAGUUAGGGAGCAGCUGCAGUUUGUGAACGACCAACGUGGCAAGCCGCUUGGCCCUGGUCGUACCGGCGAAAAUGGUGGUGCCGGCACUUCCUCUGAAAACGCAUUUUCUUUCGUGGAACUGGCACAACCAGCACAGGAUCGCCGUGCUACGGAGCCAUCUACCGCGACGGGGGGUGAAAAUGCGGUGCCAGAGGGGACGUCGUCUUCUGACGUUGAAGAAGAUGCAAAUGAGGCAACACGCAGAAAAACGAGAAGAAAAAGCGAAGACCUGGCUCCGAAGGCCGGCGCUCCUGCUCGAAAGCACCCGAGGAGCCCAAACAGGCGUACUUCCUCAGCAAUGCAAGUCAGACAGGUACAGCAAGAAGUUUUGUGCUUGUUCGAAAUUGCGGCUUCAUCUUCGUGUUGCAAUUUUGUCUUUACGCUUUUACUCUUCACAACACGGAUACGUACAUGAUUUGCGUGACUGACACUUUUGUACACAGAACAAUGAUUGAAGUUGUUAGUACCAGACGAAUGCUCUUCACGGCAACAAACCUCCCAACGCAGGGCGCAAGCACGAGCAGGAACCAGCACGACGAACAAGACUCCACCGUGAGCAAGGCGGACGGGGACCCAAGUAGCAUGAUGCAGUUGCGAAACCUGAGCGAGGAAAAGGAGGAAGAAAUACUGCAAAGAGCCGCGGAGGGUUACUGGUCCGACUCACCACGGAAUAUUGAAGGCGCUGGUGCAACAUCGUCAAAAUCGUCCUCUUCGGCGGGCAGUAGCAGCGCCCUGCAGUUAGCGGAGCAGGAGUUGAAGCGAGAGUAUGAAGACGCGGCGUACCAGCACGAGGAGCACCGACAGCACCAUCACCAGCACGCGGCAGCGCGCAGUAAAGUUCAAGGUAAACCGAAAUCCAAAGAGAAAGGUGACUCUAAAUCCAAAGCGAAGAAAAAGAAGAAGGAGAAGGAGGGAGAACCAGUAGAGGAAACACCUCCAUCCGAGGCGGAGGCUGAUGCAGCUCCGGAGCAAAAGAAAGAGAAGACAAUGAAGAAGAAGAAAACAGAGGAAACACCCCCACCCGAGCGGGAGGUUGAUGCAGCUCCGGAGCAAAAGAAAGAGAAGACAAUGAAGAAGAAGAAAACAGAGGAAACACCCCCACCCGAGCGGGAGGUUGAUGCAGCUCCGGAGCAAAAGGAAGAGAAGACACGAAAGGAGAAGAAAACAGAGACGGCACCAGCAGGAGAAGCACCUGGCGAGGGGGAAACUGCAGCGCCGACCACGGAAGCGCCGAUCACGAAGGCCGCAGGGGCCACAUCGGAUGAAAAAGCUGCCGCUACAACGGGAGCGCCUGCAACGGGAGCUGACAAAACAGAAGCGGCUGCAACGUCAACGGGAGCGGCUGCAGCGGGAGCUGACAAAACAGAAGCGCCGACCAAGGAUGAAGGAGCGUCGGCCACAACAGAUGCGCCCGCGCCGACCACCGGCGACACGCCAACGACCGCCGCGGUCACAACCACACCCGCGACGACAACAGCGGAAGAGGAUAGUGACGCAGACGACUUCACCGUCCCUCAGCAGUGGCUGGUUACAGAAGCGGCGGUCACCACACCUUAUCGGAGUGCAAAAAGUCCCCACGGCCCCAUAGAUACGUACAACAACUGAGAGGACAUUUGUAUUGCUGGCGUGAUUUCAGAUCACAGACAAAUUAUUAAGCUGCCAUGCUAGAAGAUGAAACAAAGGAUGUACAGAUUUUUCUGAAUGUAUUUCUUUUCGGCACGGAUAGCGUAGCAAAUUGCUACUGGCCACGAUGAUCGACGACGCGCAGUGGUUUGUCUCUGUGGCUUCUAGCUAAAACACAGGUGAUGAUUUGUCCUGAGCGCAGAUAUAAUCCUGUUGAACAAUCUCGGGCUGGGAGAUUUUUCCGCCCAACACGCCAAGACCGAGCACGACGCGCCUGCCGCAAGCCAACGAAAAAGCGGUGCAGACCGCCUUCGAGAAAGAUGCCGAGAAGCUGCUCGAAAAAAUCGGGCUGGGAGUUGUACUUGCUGAUGCUACUACCUUUUUCUCCAGUUUCUCAAUGUGCGCGCAUCCUUUAGGGAUUGCAAAGGCGAAGCAUGUCGCGGUUACAAUCAAUCGAGAAUCUUUCAACAAUUUUUUCUUGCAAUUAGAUGGCGCCACAUUGUCUUUGAUUUUGUUCCGCAUCCAGCCUUGCCACAUGAGAUGAAGGUGAUGAUCGAUGAAUUGAGAACAACAACAAACCUCUUCUAACAGACGCCCGGGAACAUCGGGAAUCUGA